AUGAAGAAAGCAAAAAAGAAAGUGUCUGAAUUGACGCCGGUGGAACGGAUGGAAGAUUUGGCUUUGGUUGCGAAGGUUAGCGAAGCUCUAAGCCCUCAUAUUGGUGGAUUGACAGACAAAACACUUUCUGAAUAUGUCAUUCACCUGACUGAGAAACAACUCAAGCAAAACCAGAAGAGCGCAGGACUGGAGAGCGAGAUUGCGCAGUCUCAAGGGUUGAGACAGCGGCUAGCAGACAAUGGUGCGCCUGCCAUACCAUUGAGCUUGUGCAAGAAAUUGCUUUUAUGGACUUCAGAACAAUCCCCCCGUUUGAAAAGACGGAGGGCGAAACAGGCCGAAAAGGUUUUCAGUAGUCAGAAAAGGGAUGGCCUGAAUGAGAAUGUACUCGGUUCGUCUUUUCCAGCUUUGGCUAAAUCAAAUUUAGGACACUCUGUACCGCUCGAAACAGACUUCUAUGAACGUGCAUCUAUGGCUCGAUCGUCUGGAGAACGUACUGCUAGGGGAAUUUCGAAUCUGCCCGCUUGGAUGACCAAAGGGAAGUCACAAGAGCCCCUAGCCAAAAAGCGCAGAACUGGUAAUGAUGAUCAUGAUGAUGAUGGACAGAAAUCGCAACAAUCGAAGUCUAGGAUUUUGAGUGGUCGAAGUACUGCCGCAGCUAUGUCCUCUACCGCCGUUGUCCACCCGGGACUGGACAUCAAGGCUCUCACCAAGUGUGACAACAAUCGUAUGAAAGCAGCUCGUUCCAACAAGCAAGGUUUAUCGGAGCAGGAACUCUUCGACGCUCAACAACUCGUCAGAUCAGGUGUUCUUCCAGUCGAGCAAUACCCCACUUACGAUGCCAAUAUCGGGAUGCUAGCUGUUGAGGAAACCGAGGAAGAGACGGAAGUUGAGCUGAACACAGAUCAUGAAGCAGCUUUUCUUCGUGGUCAAACAAAAAAGUCUGGGCGCCGCGACUUGGAACCAAUAAAAAUUGUCAAAAAUCCGGACGGCAGUCUACAGAGGGCAGCAAUGCAACAAAAUGCUCAAGCAAAAGAAAGGCGCGAAUUACGCCAAGCCCAAGCGAACCAGUUGAUCGAUAGUAUACCAAAAGAUCUGAACCGUCCCUGGGAGGACCCCUUGCCAGAAGCAGGAGAAAGGCAUUUCGCUCAAGAGCUUCGUAGCAUUAAUGUUAUGAGCCAGAUGGAUGGUGCUCCAGAAUGGAAACAGAAAAUAGAGAACAAAACAUUGAGCUAUGGCAUUAUUUCAAAUAAGAGCAUAAAAGAGCAGCGAGAGGGACUGCCGAUAUGCCAGCUGAAGACUGAGUUGCUAUCGGCAAUAUCAGAGAACCAAGUUCUGGUAGUGAUUGGAGAGACAGGGAGUGGGAAAACGACACAAAUGACACAAUAUAUGGUCGAAUUGGGGCUUGCAAAACGGGGGAUAAUUGGGUGCACACAACCUCGACGAGUUGCAGCUGUGUCAGUUGCGAAAAGAGUAGCCGAAGAAUUUGGAUGUGCGUUAGGAGAAAAUGUCGGCUACUCCAUACGAUUUGAAGAUGUAACCUCCUCUGAGACGAUUAUAAAGUACAUGACAGAUGGGAUGUUGAUGCGAGAAUACUUGGCCGACAAUGACCUCAAGCGAUACAGCGCCCUGAUGUUGGAUGAAGCACAUGAGCGCACAAUCCACACCGACGUUCUCUUCGGAUUGCUGAAGGAUCUGUGCCGCAGACGACCCGAUAUGAAGAUAAUUGUCACAUCUGCCACCUUGGACGCUGAGAAGUUCUCGUCAUACUUCUUCCAAUGUCCAAUUUUCACCAUCCCCGGGAGGACCUUCCCGGUCGAAAUUCUAUACGCCAAAGAGCCUGAAUCUGAUUACCUCGACGCUGCAAUGAUCACAGUGAUGCAAAUCCACCUGAGCGAGCCAGUCGGCGAUAUUCUUGUUUUUUUGACCGGACAGGAGGAAAUUGACACGUGUUGCGAAACUUUAUUCACAAGAAUGCAAUCUCUGGGGGAUUUGGCGCCAGAGUUGAUUGUUUUACCCGUCUAUUCCGCACUUCCAGCAGAAAUGCAGUCACGUAUCUUCGAACCCGCUCCUCCCGGCUCCAGGAAAUGCAUUGUUGCAACCAAUAUCGCCGAGGCAUCUCUGACAAUUGAUGGAAUCUAUUAUGUUGUCGACCCGGGAUUCUCGAAACAGAAAGCAUUCAAUCCCAAGCUUGGAAUGGAUUCUUUGGUCGUUACGCCUAUUAGCCAGGCCUCUGCUAGACAACGUGCUGGGCGCGCGGGGAGAACUGGCCCAGGAAAGUGCUAUCGUCUAUAUACCGAACAUGCGUUCAAGACAGAGAUGAUGUCGACCAACAUCCCGGAGAUCCAAAGAACAAACCUGGGGAAUGUUGUCCUGCAGCUUAAGGCGAUGGGAAUCAAUGAUUUGAUUGGGUUUGACUUCAUGGACCCCCCUCCAGUUGCUACUCUUGUUGGUGCGUUAGAGUCCCUUCAUGCACUAGGUGCCCUUGACGAGGAAGGGUUAUUGACCCGCCUUGGGCGAAAGAUGGCGGAGUUUCCUCUCGAGCCCAACCUUUCAAAAAUGCUAAUUCUUUCGGUCGAUCUUGGCUGCUCUGAAGAAAUAUUGACAAUAACAGCAAUGUUAAGUGUUGAGAAUCCAUUCUAUCGUCCGAAGGACAAACAAGCACAAGCAGACAUGAAGAAAGCAAAAUUCCAUCAACCAGAAGGGGAUCAUUUGACUUUGCUGACAGUCUACAAGGGAUGGGAGAGCUCAAGGUUUAGCAACCCAUGGUGCUUUGAGAACUUUGUUCAAGCGAGAAGUAUGAAGCGAGCACAGGAUACUACAAGAUUGUAUCGAAAGCAAUUGCCGCUGGUUUCUUCCCAAAUGCAGCCAAGAAAGAUCCACAAGAAGGAUAUCGUACACUUGUCGAUCAGAACCCUGUAUAUAUCCAUCCAUCGUCGGCACUCUUCAACAAAGCACCCGACCUUUUACAAACUUGCAGAUCCAAACAAAAUAACGAAGCAAAAGAGAAAGGAAAAAAUCGAACCCCUGUUCGAUCGAUUCAAUCCAAAAGAUUCCUGGCGGUUAUCCAAGAGAAAAGGAUAA